CGUGUAGGGCGGACGGGGUGUAUCUGUCCAACCAGUGCAACGAGGAUGGUGCUCUACCCAACGUGUAUGAUCCGGAAUGAGUUUGUAACGCUGUGUUUUAAUGCUUUAGCGCAAACCUGAAAGCGGUGAAGUUGGACAUGAGCUAGCAGCGGGCUAACAGAGCUAGCUAGCUGUCCCGCUCCUCCUGCCGCUGUCUCGACGUGACUCACUCGCUGUCAGUGAAAGCAUCGGGCUGCUCCUGGGUGGUGGUGGUGUCGUCUGGCUGCCGAUGACUCUCGGUCGACCGGGGACAAAGAGACUCAAGCAACGAAGCCACAAUCAGUGAGUGGAGUAACGAUGGGGUCUCUGAAGGCUCUGCAGGAGUGGUGUCGGAUCCAGUGUGAGCACUACGACGACGUGGAGGUGAAGGACAUGUCUGCGUCCUUUAGGGACGGGCUGGCGUUUUGUGCCAUAAUACAUCGUUACAGACCAGAGCUGAUUGACUUUGGCUCGCUGUCUAAAGAGAAUGUGUACGAGAACAACCGACUGGCCUUUGAAGUGGCAGAGACACAGCUGGGGAUCCCAGCCCUGUUGGACCCAGAAGACAUGGUGUCCAUGAAAGUGCCUGACCGUCUCAGCAUCAUCACAUACGUCUCCCAGUACUACAACUUCUUCAACAACAAGUCUCAAGCAAACCCCCCUUGCAUGAAAAGGCUGAGUUCUGUCGGUCUUAAUGAGCCAGCCCAGAAAAGGCCACCAACCCCUUUGGAAGACAAAGUGGUUGAGUCUGAGCCGACCCAGCCUGCGCAGACGGGUGUAGAAGCGAUUGUAGCAGUCAAGCGCAGCACACUCAGCAGCACCUGUGCCGCCUGCCAGAAACAUGUCCACCUGGUGCAGAGAUUUCUGGUGGACGGCAAGCUCUUUCAUCGCAACUGCUUCAGGUGCACAGAGUGUCACAGCACUUUGCUUCCUGGAUCUUACAAAUUAGGAAGCAACGCUGGGGCCUUGGUCUGUACACAUCACCUUGCAAGGCAUGCUUUAGCCAAUCAGAACGGCCGGCCAGAUCUUAGUAAGAAACCAGUGGUAGAUCAGUCUGCCAGGAUUGGUCGCAGCCCAACUCCUCACACCUCGCCCUCUGAGAGGGACCGAGCAAAGACUCCUUCUCCAGUAAGCCAAACAAAUGAAACUGACAUGCCUGCUAAUGACUCUGCCUCAGUCACUGUUGUUAUAACAAAUGCAGCGGACUCUUUGGAAAAAGAAAAAGUGAUUGACGGCAGUGGAGAGACAGAGCGGAUACCUCGUUCUUGUUCUCCUCCCAACCCUUUUGAUGAGAGCGAUGAAGAAGAGGAAGAGGUGGAGAAAGAGGAAGAUGCUAAAACACCAGCCAAAUUAACGGUCAAUGGGGACCUCCCUGCUACGCCGAUCAGUCAUCGUGAAGGUGCCAGUCGGCCAGUACCGGCACCUCGGCGGGUCUCCGACCCAACCCCUCCUCCUCGCCCUGCCCCUCGGGUUCGGUUACCCCGUACGACAGACAACCUUACAGUCGGUGAAUACCAGAAGCCUCCAAUUCCUCCCAAACCUCGAGAAAGAUCACAGUCUCCUAGAAGCCUGUCAAGUGGCUCCCAUAAACCCAAAGACCCACCUUGGCUCGCCCUGGUCCAAUCAGAAAACAAGAAGAAGAAAGCCCCUCCCCCUCCCCCUACAGGACUGGCAACCCCUCCCAAUAUAGGCUCUCUGUCCUCUCUCAAAGGAGAGGGCUCCAGACCCAGCACACCCCCCGUACCCGCCAACCCAUUCGAUGACGAUGAUGAUGAAGAUGAAAAUGACGAGGUAGCAGAAGAAGAGGGGAGCGGCGGAAGUGCAAUUCCACCCACAGUUGUGGCUAGUCACCCGUGGUACAGCAUCUCUCAGGCAGCUGACGCGACAGGUGCAGACACUCCCCCUAGUGGAGGAAGCUCAUCCCGCUCUGCAAGCCCCGGGAGCGCAAAGGGCAAGAAACGGCUGGCACCCCGUGCUCCUCAGCCACCUGCAGGUCACCAAGUUCUCUCUCACUCUCAGCCCUCCUCUUGCUCCCCCUCUCCAGCUCUCAGCACAGAGAGUCUGUCCUCUGGCUCGGAUCACAGCUCCUCCCAUCCCCAUUUGGGUGGCAGUGCCAGCAGCGACCAGGAACACGCCUUCACCAAAAGUGUCUCAGAGCCUUCCAUCUGUUCACCGUGCAACUCUACGCCAUCACCAUCCUCCUCCUCAACCGAGCGUCUUCCCCAUCCUUCCCUAAGCCCCUACCCUUCUCCCAUGCCAUCAAAUGCCAGCUCAGCUCCAGCGACUCCACAGCCAAGUCGCAGCUUUGGGACCAAAGGGACCGUAGACCCUCCACCGCGACCCCUGACGACCCCCAGCCCAUUGGCCUCAGGAGCCACCCAAUCACACAAUAAGCGGAUCUGUAAAGAGAACCCGUUCAACAGGAAAGCUUCUCCCUCCCCGGCUAAAUCUAAAUCCAAACCACCAAAAGGCCCUCGUCCUGCCAGACCCCCGGCCCCCGGCCAUGGCUUCCCUCUUAUCAAACGCAAGGUGCAGUCAGACCAGUACAUCCCAGUAGAGGACAUCCACGGGGAGAUGGGUCAGCUGGAGAAGCAGCUGGAUGAACUGGAGCAGACCGGAGUGGAGCUGGAGAAGAAGCUGAGAGACAACCCUAACGAUGAGGAUGAGGAGCACCUGUUGGUGGACUGGUUCACUCUCAUCCAUGAGAAACAUCUUUUAGUACGACGAGAAGCUGAGCUUGUCUACACAGCGAAGCAGCAGAACCUUGAAGAGAGACAAGCUGACGUGGAGUAUGAGCUGAGGUGUCUCCUCAACAAACCAGAGAAAGACUGGACAGAGGAGGACAAGAGUCGGGAGCAGGAGUUGAUGGCUGGGCUGGUUACCAUCAUUGAACAGCGCAACCAAAUUGUCAACAGCAUGGACCAGGACCGGCAGAGGGAAGAAGAGGAGGAUAAACUUAUGGAAGCCAUGCUGAAGAAAAAAGACUUCCAUAAGGAACCGGACGUUGAACAGCAGAAGAAAAAAGGGGCAAAGUUCAAACCCAUAAAGGUGCUCAAGCGGCUGAGCCAUAAAGGAGAACCUGGCAAGAGUCACAGCCCCCGCAAGGAGAAAACACCGUAACAAGACAGAUUCUCCCCAAAGAGGAUAUGAGACAGUUUUAAGAAGACUAAGGGCCUGUGUCCACAUAACGCCUUUUUCUGAUCGCCAGCGUAUUUUUUCAGUUGUUCUCAAUGAGAGGAGAACGUAUGCGACCGCUUAGAGAAAAGGCGGUCGCUGAGCCCAACAUUUAUUUUUCUGAGCGCACCUCAUUUUUUGUCCGAGUGCUUCAAGUUGAAAAUCUCGGAACUUUUGAGAAAAGUGCUGGCGAGGUCACUGUAGUAAAUGGUGGGGAAGUUUGUUUUGUCCGUGUCUGUCUAUCUUGAGCUUUAUAUUUCGCACAAUCACCAUCAAAACAAAGUCCGAAAAGCCCAUUUAGGAGCAGAUCAGCAGGACGGACACUGAAUGUUGACGGUGAAUGUUGUGCUUUUAUUACCGUACGCCUUGUGUUGCCUUGUGAGUGGAGACAAGCUCAUCUAUACGAAGUACCAAGCAGACGUCCUCCGUUUGAUGCUCAUGGUGAAAAAAACUAUGUAAAACAAAUACAUUGUACACCAAAUAGACAAUAAAAAACCGCAGGAGUGAUGCUAGUCCAUCAUACAACAGUGGUGAUGUGUUGUCAAGAUAUUGUUGUCAUAGAAAUGCUCGCAGCGCCUUUUUAGUUGAAACGCUGGGUUGAAGCACUUAUUUUUUUGUGCCAGAAAAAGGCACUAUGUGGACGCUUGGGAGGAGAAAAGAAAUGCACCAGAUGAAGAAGAUAAGAUGAGGUCACCUUAAACUGUCAAUGACUUUGAAGUGCAACCCAGAAUCCUCUCCCUGCUCACAUCUUACUUGAUGCUUCUCCAAAGUCUCUUCAGUGACUAUUUUAAUUUGCCUUCGGGUUUUUUAAAAGACCAUUUAACAUUUCAUCUGCUUUAAGAGCUGACGUGCUUAUAAACUCUCUGACCUUUCGUUUGAGUGAGUCGUUGUAUGUUGCUUCACUAGGCUUGCAUGGCAGAGCAUGUGUAUCCUGUAGGCCUGUGUAACGGUUAAGCAAAGGGGUGACUCGACAGUUCACUUUGAAAGAAGUCGGUUGGAUGCAAGUUGAUCCCUGAUAUCUAUGAUUUUAUAAUCUGUUUUUAAUCUGUUCCUGUGUAACACCUUUGUCUUCUGCUCCUCGAUUCCAAAGGUCAGUAGCUGGUUAUCUGAGAGGGUUUCAUGUCAUGUCUGGUUUCAGCCUGUGGUACGAGUGAAAGUUACAAAAAAAAGAAAAUUCUACCCUUGAAAUGCUUGAUCGACAAUGGAUACCUAAGCUCUUCUAGCUGCUAUGUUAUGGUCGUCUAUGGUUUCCUUGUUUUUAAGUUUCUUCUGUGAUAGUUUUGUGAUGAUGUCUCUUUUUUAAAAAUGUAUAUCAUCAAAGAUGUGGAUGAACGUAGAUACAGUAUUUGUGUGUGUGACUGGAAACAAAGUGGGCGACUCAAAAUCAGAUUGAUUUUAAAAAUAUGAGGUAUGAACAGGAGCAGCACAGACAAAAACACGUUUAACUGCAGAUGUCAGAAGGUUUAUUAAUAUGAAAGGUCACACAUGCAAUAAUGAAAAGGCAGAUAUACAGUAUUUUAACAACUGUAGCGAAGCACCAGCUUAUAACAGUUUUAACCAUCGGGGAAAACCUGAAUAUGCAAUCAUUAAUUUAUAUUUUACUAUGCCUUUCUGUACGUUUCCAUGUUUUGCCUUAAAAGUAGAAAGAAAAAAAUGUGUUAAUAUUGUUUGUACAAGUGCCAUUUAUUUAAUUACAUAUGUGGAAAAGCCUCAUUUGUUCAAACUUAUGUAAAUGUCAGUAUGUUUACUUUUUCUGUUACUGUUUUGUCAGUUAGUUUGUCUUUAUCCUCCAUUUUAAAUGGUAAUCUCUGUUGUGUCUGUGUUUCUGCUCCGUGCUUGUCUUUAUGUCCAGCUGAAACCAAGGACUUCUUGAGCGCCACAUUUCUGUCAGCUAUACGUUGUCCUAAAACAGCAGCAGGAUUAUGAAAAGAAAACGACACUGGAAGGCAGAGGAAUAAAAUAACUUAAUGCAA